AUGGAUUAUAUAAUUUUUGCAAAGAUAUUGCUAAUGAGGACUAAAGAUCUGUUGUUAGAAGGAAGUAUCCAGUCUAUGGAUGGAGUUAAUAGCAUUUCAUGGUGGCUGGCUAGGAUCUUACUCCUUCAACAGAGAUUGUUGGAUGAGCGUUCUUCUUCUUUAUUUGAUCUAUUGCAAGUAUUUAUGAAUGAAACUUUAGGUAACUUUGGCUCUGUGGAAGAGGUAGUGGGUUAUUGGGGUUCUAAGUUAAGGGAAGGAGAAGCUCGGACUAUCGUUUCAAUGCUUCAUUUAGAAGUGGGGAUAAUGGAACACAUUUAUGGGCGGACUGACUCCUCUAGGAAAUAUUGGGAUGCUUUACGAGGGAUAGACAAGAUGGCCAGGAAUUCACUUCCAAAAGCUGGAGGUUCUGAGUUUGAGUCUUCCCCUUGA